AUGGCUGAAAGUCUAACACAACAGGGAGGUCAAAUUCCAAUUCGUGUAAAGGGACAGAAUUCAUGUAUUUAUCACCAUGGGAAAUCGUCGGUGUUGUUUUGUGAAAAUUGUCAAGACAUUGCCUGUACCGAAUGUACGUCUUCAAUUCACAGCGGUCACAACUUUUUGACUCUGAGUAACGUUUCUACAAAAAAGAAAAAGAAACUUCAAAAGUUAAUAAGCAAAAAAGAAACAGAUGGCAUUCCUUCAAUAAGGAAAAGUAUCAAAUCCAUUGACGUCGAGAUCAAGGAAACCGAAGCCACAUUUGAAAGCCUUGCCGCGGACGUAACGAAACAGAGAGAUAAACUAAAGCGGAAAAUAGAUUUACUUGCAGACCAAACACUCGCUGUGUACGAGAAACUAAAAAUAGAAAACGUAACUCUAUUGAAGGACUACAAGAAAGAACACGAAAACCAUUUCGCGAUGUUAAAGGGUCAGAUAGAGAAUUGUAGGUCUCUGAUCCAGACUGGAGAUGAUAUCACCGUGUAUGACAGUGAUGCCAAUAUUGAAUCCCCAGUAGCGUUGCCAGUAAAGCCGACACUAAACACGGCCAGUUUUUCUGCGAACCUAAUGCCGCUUGACAACCUCAAACAAGCGUUCGGUACAGUGAUGAAAGACAAAAAUCCUAGUAAUGUCCCAGUGGUAAGAAAAUCUGGCAAUGAAGUACCCAAGGACAAGGAAGAAGCAACAGAACAACAAACAGGUAAAUUACCCGAAGGUGUCGUCCCCCCGAAAGAACAACGAGCUGGACAAUCUAAUAAACAACAGUCAGAAUCAUCUCCAAAACUUCAACCCGCUUCGAACCAACCAUAUACACCUUUUAGCCAACCUGAAGAGGAGAAUCAAACCCCAGUUAUAGCACAUCCUUGGUCAUCUAGACCGUUGCAUAAUCAGUCAAGAAGGAAGAAGACGAGGAAUAAGGAAACCCCAUCUCAGCCGCGUCCACAGAACAAUUCUGUACGGCAGCCUUUGGAAAGGGAAAUCAUCAUUCCCAUUACCGUGAUGGCGAAAAUGCGAAAUGGCGACACAUGGAUAGACGAUACUUAUCUACGAACCAUCGUGCGUAUUGACAGGAGCGGAAGAUUACUAGACACCAUAGAUCAUAGAAGGCAAAUCACAGACUUUAGUUUCUCCAAUGAAAAGCAAGAACUUUGGAUUUGUUCAAUUGACGAUAAUAGCGUCAUCGAGGUGACGUCAGCGCCACCAACUCCUAGGUUCUACACAGACGAGUCCCCUUUAUGUAUCUGUGUGACCAUGGAUGGCCAUCUCAUCGUCGGCAUGUCAAAACAAAUAACCAAAUUCAACAGCCAAGGAGGCGUCAUCAUCACAACUAAGCCAACCCUUUUUUCAUUGUUCAGCAAACCGAUUGUUUGCCUGCCAAGGCAUAUCGCUGAAUGUCCCGUGACAAAAAAUAUCGCCGUGGCGGACCGGUCAUCAAUGAAUGUAUUGGUAAUGGACAAACAUUUUAAUGAGUUAUUUCGAUACCCCCAGCAAACGCAGAUAAAUCCCUCGGCGAUCUCGGUUGAGCAAUUCAUUCCUAAUCGGCUUUCCUAUCACAAAGAUGGAUGCAUUAUCAUCGAAGACAUUGGAAACAAUACCUGGCACCACACUAGUGGUAUUGGUGAGCCGUAUGGAUAUUUCCAUAGAAAUGAUGCAACGGGAUUAAUUCGUGGCAAAUGA